GUUAACGCAACUGUGUGGUGAAUGUUUUUAUUGUCAGUCCGAUAGAAGGUAAACAGUCGAGUUCCGCGGAUUAUGUUUCGACUGUCUAGUAACUUUCUGAAACGGCUCUUGAGACAAUAUUGAGAAUUACUCUAUUUUUAACUUGAAAGUGUUUUCCUGAUAAACCAAUUGUCACCAAAGUUAUUUUAUGUUAAAUUUUGGAAGAAGUGAAACUGUGGAAUAUUUUUUUCGAAGUGAAAUUCUUUUUGUGUGGAUUGUGAAUGACAAAAAUUGUGAAAGAAACCAAGAGAAGGGAAUAAUUUCAAGCGAGAAAAAGAAACUAAGCAGCGCAUGCUUUACAGCACUUUUUGAUAUAAUUCUAUGAGCAAGUAGAGAGACAGACGGACAGACAAACAUGGCUAACGCCUUACUGAUGGAGAACCAAUUGCAUGCUCGAGAUAAAGUGGGAGUACAAGAUUUUGUACUCUUGGAAGAUUUUACAAAUGAACAUGCAUUUAUAAACAAUUUGAAGAAACGAUUUCAAGAAAAUCUGAUAUAUACUUACAUUGGCCCAGUAAUCAUAUCUGUGAAUCCAUAUAGAGAUCUAAAUUUGUAUAGCAAUGAAGUGAUUGAGCAAUAUAGAAAUGUUAAUUUUUAUGAACUUCCUCCUCAUAUAUUUGCAAUAGCUGAUAACGCAUUUCGGUUUAUGCGAGAAGAAUGUAAAGACCAGUGUAUUCUAAUUUCUGGUGAGAGUGGUUCUGGUAAAACUGAAGCGUCAAAGAAGUUAUUACAAUACUUAGCGGCUGCUAGCCAUCACACACCAUCUGUGGAAAAUGUGAAAGACAAAUUGCUGUUAUCCAAUCCUAUACUUGAGGCAUUUGGAAAUGCAAAAACUAAUAAAAAUGACAACUCAAGUCGUUUUGGGAAGUAUAUGGAUGUUGAAUUUGACUUUCUGGGUGCUCCAUUGGGUGGACAUAUUUUAAAUUACCUAUUAGAAAAAUCAAGAGUAGUGCAUCAAAAUCAUGGUGAAAGAAAUUUCCAUAUAUUUUAUCAGUUGCUAGCUGGUGCAGAUAAGAAAUUGCUUGAAGAUCUAGAAUUGCGUAGAGAUCCAUCUGCUUAUUUUUAUUUAAGCCAGGGAUCAUGUUCGAAAUUAAGGAAUAUAGAUGAUGCAGAUCAAUUUUCUGUAGUUGAAAAAGCUAUGAAUGUUACCGAUUUCACAGAAGAGGAACAGGAGGCAGUUUUUACAAUUGUAGCAUCUGUACUGCAUUUAGGAAAUGUUGGUUUUGUUGAAGAGGAGGGGCAAGCUGUUGUAGUCAAUGACAAACCUGUUCAUUCCAUAUGUAAAUUGCUUGGCUGUUCUUACAGUACAUUGAUGAAUGCCCUUGUAAAUAAAACUAUUGAAGCAAAUCAAGAAUUGUUGUGCAGUCCAUUAAAUAGGGAUCAAGCAAUAUAUGCCAGAGAUGCUUUGGCAAAAGCUCUAUAUGAACGUCUCUUUACUUGGUUAGUGGGAAAACUGAAUGCAUCUCUACAGUCAAAAGUAAGAAAGAGAAAAACAUUAAUGGGAUUAUUAGAUAUCUAUGGAUUUGAGAUUUUCCAGAGAAAUAGUUUUGAGCAGUUUUGCAUUAAUUAUUGCAAUGAAAAGUUGCAACAACUGUUUAUUGAACUUACUUUGAAAUCAGAACAAGAAGAAUACUGCAAAGAAGGUAUAGAGUGGGUACCAGUGGAAUAUUUUAAUAAUAAAAUAAUUUGUGACCUUGUAGAAGAACGUCAUAAAGGCAUUAUAGCUAUUUUAGAUGAAGAAUGCUUACGACCUGGGGAUGCAACAGAUGCUACCUUUCUUGCGAAACUGGAAAGUAUUGUGGGAAAACAUCGACAUUUUCUCUCGCACAGUACAGCCUCUAGCAAACUGAGAAAAACUAUUGAACGAAAUGAAUUUCGUUUAGUUCAUUAUGCCGGUGAUGUUACAUAUAAUGUGGAAGGAUUUUUAGACAAGAAUAAUGACUUGCUGUAUAGAGAUCUGAAAAAGGCUAUGAUGGAAUCAAAAAACUGGAUUGUGAAGAAUGCAUUUACAACAGAAGAAUUAUUUGACAAAAAAAGACCAAUUACUGCUGCUACUCAAUUUAAAACGAGUGUGUCAUCUUUGAUGAAUAUUUUAAUGUCCAAGGAGCCCUGGUAUAUCCGGUGUAUCAAACCUAAUGACAAUAAAUGGCCUGGUGUUUUUGAUGAAACAAUUGUUGCUCAUCAAGUGAAAUAUCUGGGUCUUAUGGAGAAUCUGAGAGUCCGCAGAGCUGGCUUUGCCUAUCGAAAGAAAUACGAGGAUUUUCUGAAAAGAUACAAAUGUUUAUGUCCAGAUACAUGGCCAUCUUAUAGUGGGUCUGCUAAGGAUGGAGUAAAGCUUCUUGUGCAGUAUCUUGAUUACAAACCAGAAGAAUAUGCUUUUGGAAGAUCUAAGAUUUUUAUCCGGUUCCCCAAGACACUGUUCCAAACAGAAGAUGAGUUCCAAAGAUAUAAACAUGUUUUAGCUACCAUAAUUCAAGCUAAAUUUCGAGCCUAUGUUCAAAGGAAAAAAUAUCUUUCCAUGCAAAAAUCUGCUUUGCUUAUUAAUCGAUAUUGGAGAGGACAUUUGGCUCGACAGAUGUUAGAAAGGAGAAGAUGGGCUGUUAUGGUUAUUAGGAAAUUCAUAAAAGGUUUUAUGCUUCGUAAUGAGCCAGAAAAUGAAAUCAAUGCAUUUUUUCUGCUGAAUGUUAAAGCAGAGUUUCUGAAACGACUUGCUCGAAGAUUACCUACAAGUCUCCUAGAUAAGCAUUGGCCAUCUCCACCAACCUCCUGUAAAGAAGCUUCUUCAUACUUAAGACAAUUGCACAGAACAUGGCUCAUGCGAAAAUACGUGAAAAAUUUGUCUCCUGACAGAAAAUUCCAGUUAGACCAGAAAGUUUUUGCAGAAGAAUUAUUCAAAGGAAAGAAAAGUAGUUAUACUUCCAGUGUACCAAAGCCAUUUGUUGCUAGCAGAUUAGCUGCUGAUAUAGAAGGAAGAAUAUUAACUGUUUUGGAAAAUAAUAUGCAAUCUAUUAAAGAAAAAAUAGUGUACAUGCUAUCAGUAACAAAAUAUGAUAGGCAUGGAUACAAAGCAAGACCUAGGAUUUUGGUAGUUACCAAAGAUUCUUUAUACUUGUUAGAUAGCAAAACUCUGAAAAUAAAACAGCAAACUGGAUUAGUCAAUCUUAAAGGCAUUCUCGUCAGCAAUUUAUCAGAUGGCUUUGUUGUUGUGCAAAUGCCCUGCACAAGCAAUAAAGACAAAGGGGAUUUAAUUCUUGAUUGCCAGCAAUAUCUCAUAGAGUUUGUAGUAAAAAUAAUGGGAGCAUGUAAAAAUAAAAAUCUUCUGACUGUGGUUGACACUGGCAGUAUAUCUCAUGAAAUGCUUGGAGGAAAAAAAGGCAUGGUGAAUUUCUCCACUGGUGUUGAAAAUCUGAUCAGUAAAGGAAAAGAUGGCAGUCUUCGAGUAGUUUCUGUAGCAUCAUGAUAAACCAUGCAAAAGUUACAACUGAUGUCAAACAGCAUUUUAGUAGCUACAUUUUAUUCUUCUUGCUUGACAUUGCAAAGCCAUAUUUUUAGAUGGAACAUAUUAAGAAAAAGAACUAGAAAAUUGUAUUCAUUCAUACAUUGCUCUCUAUUCUAGUCUCCUCAAAAAAAAGUAGCAAAGGAGGCCAAAAUGGUGUUAUACAAACAUGUAUUUAUUCAGCAAUUUUGCCUUACAAAACAAAAUGCAAAUGUCUGUUUGACAGAGUUUUUCAUGUUUAUUAUUAUUUUUUUUUUUUUUGUUUUCAUAAUUUUAAGUUGUACAUUUAUGGUUAGUUUUGUGCCAUAGUGAAUGUAAUUUUUCAAAAUAGAAAGCCAUAUUUUUGAUGGAUGUUUUUAAAUGUAAAUUUUAAGCACCUUAAAUUAUUUUCGUAAGGAAUUUCUUUUUGCAAAUUGAAUUAUUUUUAUAAUUAAAUGAAAAAGUGUGAUGUAUUUUUAAUAAAUAAUACAUUAUUAUUUAUUACAUAAUUUAUGUAAUAAAAUUAUCUAGGAAGAAAAUUUUAUUACUCGGAAAUGUAUGUGAAUUAAGCCUAAGUAAUAAUGCCUUAUUUAAAAUGCAGGGUAUGCUAGUUAUUUUUUUUCUAAAUUCAAAUAUUAAUAAACAUGACAUCAAUCUUGUUGAAAUUCGUUUUAUUGUGAUAUUAGAAAUGCCAGUCAGUGUUUUUCUUAUAAAAUAUAAUCAUUGUUAAUGAUUUAAAAAUAUUUGAUUAUGCAUUACUAAAGCAACACACAAAAAAGAAAAAACUUUCCUAAGAAUUAAUAUAUUUAUAAAACUCUCUAAAUAUAGAAGGAAGAAAUUUUUAGUGCAAUAGAAUUGAAACAUCCUUCUGAAUUUUAGCAAUCUAAAUACGGUUAUUUUACAGAAAAAAUAGACGAGUUCAACUAAUGAUAGAUAAAUGCAUUUUAUGAAUCAUGCAAUCAAAAUAUAAUCAUAUUAAUCAGUUUUAAGAUAUUUAAUUAUGAGAAUUAAAAAUUUGUAAAUGUAUUUUAAAUUAUGUGUUCCUUCCUGGUAAGUUUAUUGUUCAUUAUAUCACUGUAUUUCAUGCUAAUGCAUUCAUCUAUUUUUGA